AUGUGCGUCCAGAGUGCCCACAGAGACCUCCUGGCCCCGGCCACCUCUCCGUGUCCUUCCCGGUCUGGAGACACACGUCCCUUCUGUAGCCAACAGCGCAACAAAACACAGAAGCGCCUGCCCUUGGACACGGGGGUGGGUGGGCGGACGCACCAGGCGGACUUUAAAUCCGAAGGAGGCGAGGAGUGUGCCCUCCGGGAGCAGAGGUGUGCCAGGAGGUUUCUCCGGGAGGGAGGUGGGGCGGAGAAGAGACAGGCACCGAAAGACAGAGCAAAGCCAAACGGAGAGCUGCUCAACUCCACCAGGAAAGGCCGCUCAGCUGGGCUGUUGUGCGGCAAUCCCUCAAGGCCCCCAGGCCCGCCGCUCCUGGUAGAUGCCUGGCUGGUGCCCCUGUUCUUCGUGCUGCUGAUGGUGGUGGGGCUGGUCGGCAACGUGCUGGUGGUCUACGUGGUCACCAAACACAAGCCGAUGAGGACCGUGACCAACUUCUACAUUGCCAACCUGGCCGCCACGGACAUCAUCUUCCUGGUGGUCUGUGUCCCCUUCACGGCUGCGCUGUAUCCGCUUCCCGGCUGGAUCUUUGGUGAGGUCAUGUGUAAGCUGGUCAACUACGUCCAACAGGUCUCCGUGCAAGCCACGUGCAUCACCCUGACGGCCUUGAGCGUGGACCGGUGGUACGUGACGGUGUUCCCGCUCCGAGCCCUGAGGCAGCGCACCCCGCGUGUCGCCGCGGCCAUCAGCCUGGGCACCUGGGUGGGGUCCUUUCUGGUCUCCAUCCCAGUGCUGAUGUACAACCAGCUGACGGAAGGCUACUGGUUUGGCCCCCAGACCUACUGCAGCGAGUCCUUCCCUUCCAUCCACCACCAGCAGGCCUUCAUCCUCUACAACUUCCUGGCCGUUUACCUCUUCCCUUUGCUCACCCUCCUCCUCUGCUAUGCCGCCAUGAUCCACCAGAUGGGGCGCCCGGCCAUCGAGCCAGCCAACCACCCCUGCCAGGUGCAGCCGCUGGCCGAGCGCUCGGCGGCCACACGGGCCAGGAUCUCCCGGAUGGUGGCUUUGGUGGUGGCCCUCUUUGCGGUCUGCUGGGGCCCCGUGCAGUUUCUCCUCCUCCUCCAGGCCUUUGGAUCGGGGCUCCCACACAGCUACUCUGCCUACAAGGUGAAGACCUGGGCCCACUGCAUGUCCUACGCCAACUCCUGCGUCAACCCCAUCGUCUAUGCCUUCAUGGGUACCAACUUCCGGAAGGCCUUCCAGAAAGUCUUCCCGUCGGCCUUCAAGCGGCGGGUGGGGGCCUCGGGCCCUGCCAGGAAGGCCCUCGCUGACACCGAGAUGCAGUUUGUCUCCUCGGGGAUGUAA